AUAACACAGAAUUCUCACCCCUGGGAUCCAUUGUGCUCCAAUCAGGCGAGUAAUGAAAUCAGCAGCUUCGAUAAGAACUGUUAAUAAAUAUUUAAUUCGCUCUUCCUUAUUUAGGGGUUUGAACACAUCUUGCUAGUUUUCCUGUCACCGUCUUUUUCUGUUCACGCUCCUGAUCUCUGGAAGGUGCAGAUACAACUGCGGACUUCCCUUAAACCCGUGCUAUUUCAUGUUCAAAUACAUCCAUUGAGGACCAAUCUAGCGCUUGACGACCUUCUGCAGUGUCAGGAAAUGUAGACUCUUACCAUGGACAGACCUUUGAUCGCACUCGCACUUGUCGGGUUUGUUCUGCGCCUGUCAUAGCCGAAUUUGCCGCCAUUAUUGCAUUUUAAGGUUAGUACGCGCAUAUCACCCAUGAAUACUCUGCCCAUAUCCGAGUUCUUAGUUUCAGAUCUUGAAUACUUUCUUGUUCUCCUCGUACGCUCUCCGUGGCUUUUGAUGCCGGGGCUGCGUUCGCCAGCUUUGAAGUCUCAGCUUGUGGAACCAUUCUAUAUCAGAGAUUAUAGCUGAGCCACUUGCCAUUGUUUUCAUCCAUUCUUACCUGAACUGUUAUAUUUUCCAACUUGCACACUAACACGCUUUGGCAAAAUAUAACUAUAUACCGAAUUGAUAAGCGUUAAACCAUCACACGUAGUCAACCCCGAGAUACAAGUCUUUGAUGUUGUCCGCGCCAAGCCUCAAUCAAGUUUUAUAUCACAUGACCUGUACCGUUUUGGCUUAGUCGCAUUUUUGAGUCUAAUGCCAAGCAAAUCGCUUUGGAACGAAAAAAGUUCAAAGCUCGGCGGAAUUAUUGUUUUAACACACUCACUGGUUAUCAAAUCCAAAAGCCCAUACCACUUACAACAACAAACCCGGAAAAAAGAACGAUGGGGAAGAAACAAAAAUCCCAGCCCAAGGCUGCUGUGCCCGCAGGCGAGGAAAAUAAUGCAGGCAGCGCACUGGCUGCCAAUGGCUCAGUACUCCCUUUCUUGGCCGGCGGCGGGGAUACUACGGCAGCCAUGGAUCCGAUGCUUGCAUCGUUAUUUGAGAAGAGUGCUGGACCUGUGAAAGCUCCGCAAUUCACUAGUGCUAAUCUGGCGGCGACGUCAAAGCCCAAGGGGAGGACCAGCGAACGAAAUGCCAUGCAAUCUUCCUCAUCUGAUGAGGACGAGGCGGCCGAGGAAGCUCUAUCGGAGAGCAGUGAUGAGGUGAUGGAGGAUGUUGAUGAUGAAUCAUUGACUCCGGAAAAGGGACGGAAAAGAAAACGAGGCGGCGCAGAUGACUUAGAGGAAUCCUACAUGCGGCGCAUGGCGAAAGAGGAUGCCAAGGAGGACGAGAAACGACGAAGCGAGAAGGCAAAGCGGCGGAAAGUUGUUGAAACCGUCGGGAGGGAGAGCGACUCUUCAGACUCCGAAGGCAACGACGAGGGGAACGAAGACAGCAUAGCCAGCCCUCCUCCCUUACACGAAUCCCUUUCCAACAACCCCGACGCCGCCCUCCUCGACAAAUCCGCCCGCACCGUCUUCCUCUCCAACGUCUCCACAGAAGCCAUCAAAUCCAAAUCCGCAAAGAAAACCCUCCUCAGACACCUCUCUUCCUUCAUCCCUUCCCUCCCCGAAUCUGCCACUCCCCAUAAAAUCGAAUCAAUCCGCUUCCGCUCUACCGCCUUCGCCACCCGAUCAAUGCCCAAACGCGCUGCAUACGCCAAGCGCGAGCUCAUGGACUCCACCACCCGCAGCACAAACGCAUACGUAGUCUACACCACCACCGCAGCCGCACGACGAGCACCCCAGGCUCUAAACGGCAGCGUCAUCCUCGACAGGCAUCUGCGCGUCGACAGCGUCGCCCACCCGGCGCCCGUCGAUUACAAGCGCUGCAUCUUCGUCGGGAACCUAGGCUUCGUCGACGAGGAAACACCCUCCGACGACAACGCGGAGCAACAACAACAACAACAACAACAACAGGAGGAGGAGAAGAAAAAGAAGAAAAAGAAGAAUACCCCCCGCGCCGACGUGGAGGAGGGCCUCUGGCGCACGUUCAACGAGCAUGCGCGCGCCAGCACCGUCGCCGCGCAGCCAUCCACGUCCACGCCCGCGCCUUCCAAUAACAAUGGCGACAGGAGCAAUAAUACCAGCCCAGCGGCCCUAGGCCCCGUCGAAUCCGUGCGCGUCGUGCGCGACCCAGCCACACGUAUCGGCAAGGGGAUCGCCUACGUCCAAUUCCGCGACGAGAAUGCCGUGGAGGCCGCGCUGUUGCUGGACGGGCAGAAAUUCCCACCGCUGCUGCCGCGCAGACUACGCGUCACGCGCGCGAAGCGGGUGCUGAAGAGCGCCAAGGAUAGGGGGCGUGGCAAUGGUAGGAAGCGGGACAGCGGGAAUGCGAACAAGACUGCGCUGGGCGUGCGCAGGGGCGGGGAUCGGCAGGCGAGCUUCCAGGGCCGUGCGGAGGGGCUGUUGGGGAAGGCUGGGACGGGCUCCAAUGGUCAUGGUGGCGGUGGCGGUGGCGGUGAUGGUGGUGGUGGUGGUGGUGGUGAUGGUGAUGGUGGGAAGGGGUCUGGCGCGUUUGUCUUUGAGGGUUUCCGGGCGAGGCCGGAUAAGGGGCCGGGUGGGUUUAAGGUGAAGACUAAGAGUCGUGGAGCCAAGGGGCGGGCUGGGAAGCCCAAGACGAGGAGUACCCGGCGUGCGGCGGCGUUUAGGGCUGGUGGGGGGGUGAAGAAGAAGGGGGAAGCGAAGGGGAGUUAGAUGGGGUGGUUGUGUGGUGGUUUGAUUGAUACCGUUCGUAGAUUUGAGUGCGGUGAUAUGGGUGUUUUGGGGUAAUUUUUACCAUGUCGUUCGUUCCUCAAGUUUUCUUCAUGCCUGCCGCUCUUUCUUUUUCCAGUUCCCAUUUUGUCCAGACCAGACCAGGCGACCAGAACGCGCAUAUAUAGCAGCUGCUAAAUAACGAUUGAGCAUUGGAGAGGUUCACCCAACAACACCGGGGAACCCAGAGCAACCCAUCUAUGUACCCACCCGUACCUACCUACCUACCUAUAUCUACCCCCCCCUGCGCACCCUUCUUGUCUCGGGGCCACAUACUCGCUUCCAGCCAUCAAGAACUUCAGUAUUGUCCUAUACACAGUAAACUAACUAACUAACUACCCUGACUACGGAGUAUACACGCUGUAAGAGUAUAGGCGCCUUUCCUCCCUCCCAACGGCCAAUACAGGACGCGCGCACGUGUACAUGUACAUGUACGUACAUGUACCUAGGUAACUAUAUAACGGAUAACAUACAAAAGGGGAGGGGGGUAAAAAAAAAAAAAAAAAAAAAAAAA